UUAUUUGUCUGAGUGUAGGCGAUUGAAGCCAGUGUGAACAGGCAGUCAGAUCAACAGGUAGUGUUGACGCGCCGUGAUCAGCAGCCAGUCGUGCCGCUCCGUGAUCAAGAGGUAGUGACACACUAUAUACGACCUGUCUUCAUGGCCAGUAAAGCCAAUUCAAGGUCCAAAAUUGUUCAUCGGCAGACCUUCCAAAACAGUACACAAGUGGUAGAAUUGACGCUUCGGACUAUUCCAAAGUUGGCAUUACAGAGCAAUGUGCCAACUGCUGGGCCUUCGGCCUUUAAACGAGACUGUGCUCUGAGAAAGGAAAUGCAAAAUGUAGCAAGAGAAAAUAAUAACAACAAUAUUAUGAAGAGUGUUGGAGCUAAAAAUGUUGGAAAGUCGCCUGUCAGUAAUAAGAAUGGCAAAGCAUCUGGUGGUAAAGUCUCGGUUGAAAUCUUGAGAACAAAAUCCAAUAAAAAGCAUCAUAAAUUUGUUGCUCCUGAUCAAACCUGGGGAAAUGUGCUGAAAAAUUGUAGUACAGUUUCUAGUGUUAGCGACCCUGACGGGACACUGCACUCUACCACAGAGGAACAUUCUCAACCUGUUAAUGAAAUACUGAAAGAAAGAACCUUGGCUGCACAGUCUGAGAGCUUAUCCUCGGAUUCCAAAAGAAAGCAAUUCAAGCGAGCCAGAAGUUCCCAUCGGCACAUUCGCUCUGCCCAGACAUCUGUACUUAAACCUGACCAAUGUUUCUCACAUGUUAAUUUAUUACGUAGCACUGAUGAUAUCAAGAAAAUUGAAAGUACUAGUAUCUCUAAAAGGGCAGAAACAAAGAAUUCUUCAUUUCAAAAAAUUAAUACAGUGGACGAAGUACCAAUUGAUAAUAAUUCCAGGAAUGAAGGCAGUCAAUCCCAGCACCAGAACUUUAUGGCACAGUCUGAACAAGUCAGGACAAUUGAUGAAAAUAAUCGACUGCUGUCUGAUGAUGUAAAUGCUUCACCCUUUGGAGAAAGUGCAUUGCAGCUGCUACGGCAACUGAAAGAGAGGCUUCAGUCUAGAGGUGACAGUGAGGGUAGUGGCAUGGUUGGAGCUUUGGAGGCUUUCAUCAGUGGACAAGGCACUUCGGGUGGUGUUGGCAACCCUCCUUUCUCAGAAUAUGCUGCUGCUUCUCGGUUUCCUACAGUGUUUCCUACACCUACUGAUCAAAACAAUAUUCAUCCUGCUUACCAAAAUAUUCAACAAGAUCAGAUACAUUCAAAUAUUACCAGUAGGUUCCCCCAAGAUUUAUACAGUGAAAACCUAAAAAUUGGUACUGAAGUGGAGCCUGAUUCUCAUACAAACCAAAAUGAGGAGGGGUACAUGCUCCAGAAUGUCCACACUCGCCACAAGAUGAAUGAUUUUCCUCGAAAAAUCCCAGAUCAUCCCGUUUACUUUGGACAUAAUUCCUACCUAAACAAUGUGAAGCAUAAACAGAGUGAGUUUGAUUCAGAUUUAAUCCAGACAAAUAAUGCCACACAUGAUCAUCUGCAUCACAUCGCACAAAAUACAAGCAGCCGUGAAAGACUGGAUAGGAUAACAGCGGGAGAGAAGAAAGUGAUAGGAGAGCAAGAGAGGGAGAUGGCAAGACAAGACAAAGUGAUAGGAGAACAAGAGAGGGAGAUAGCGAGACAGAAUGAAGUAAUAGCCGAGCAUGAGAGGGCCAUCGCAGAAUUACGAAAAAUAAGUACAAGACUCAUUGCCCAACAAGAGCAGGUUUUUCAGAUAGCUAAAAGAAACCUGCAGCAAGUUAAAGAAGUUGAAAACAUGAUCUCCGAUUCUCGCGUAGAUGCCCAAGCGCACGCAAGAGAUGGCGAUAGUGGUGUUGGCAUAGAUAGCCAUGAUAAAUCAUUGGAGUCUAUUACUGUGAAAAGUUUAUAUCCCAGAGAAGAGGAAGGUAGUAGUAACAAGGAACAGGAUGAGCAAAAUUCUCGGUCUGAAGUAUUACGACUACAGACUGAAAAUGCAGCCUUAUUGCGGGAAGUCAGAAGUCACCGUGAGUUGGUCUUGAACUUGGAGAUCCAGUUAACAAAAGCUCACUAUUUGCUGGACUUGCAGAAACAGUCUUUGUCAGGGCUCUCUGCUUCCAAACUUUCCAGUUCAGCACCAAAUUUAGACAUCAUAGGUAACCAAGUGAAGUUACCAUCUGAUAAUUUGUCACACAAAGUUACCCCAUUAGAGAGUUCUGAUAGUGAUGCCGAUUCUGCUUACGAGGAAAAAUCUCUCUCUCAUUUAACUUCCAAGAUGAAUUCUCCUCACUCUGACAGAAUGAAGGAGCAAGACUCUGGCACAGGUUCGUCUGAGGUCUUACCCAAGCAACAAAAGCAGAUUGUACAGGACAUGAAUGCUAAAGUUCAAGGGGAAGCCACAAAUCUUCCUAACACUUUCUUACUUCAAAAUAGGUUCACUAUUAAAGAGUGUACAGUACCAUCCAUGGUACUGAAUUCUGCUGCUGUUUCCUUGAAUAGAUUCAAACCUGGACAAGUACCUUUGGAAACCCAAAAGUUACACACUGAAGAAAUAAAAUCCCCAACAAGAAGCAGAAUUCUUGAGCCAAGUGAUAAAGUAUCUGAAAAAACUAAUUUUUUGGGGAAUUCCAAGAAAGAGAGACUUACUAAUUUGGAUCUUAUAGUUAGUGACCUAGAUCCAAAACCAUAUGUGACCAUAGAAGAAACUCCCUUACUUUCAUUUAGUUCCAUUAAUGAUCCACACGAUAGCUUAAUAAGUCAUGAAGCUUCCUUUCUUAAAGGCAUUAAUGCACCAAGACAUGACCAAAAUUUAAAUCCAACUCCCAUUCUUUCAGUUAGUUCUAUUAAUGAUCCACACGAUAGCUUAAUAAGUCAUGACGCUUCCUAUCCUAAAGGCAUUAAUGCACCAAGACAUGACCAAAAUUUAAAUGCAAGGGGAAGUAAAUUUGAAAUUGUUGAAGAUAAUUCUCGUCUUAGUUUACAUCCACCUCUGGAGUCUACAAGGGUCCAGGAAAGCUCUCAGCUACUAUCAGAUGCCAGAAAGGAUGCAAGCACUGGUUUUGUUCCCAUAGAAAUUAGUAGUACUGGUAGUUUCAAUACUCAAACAACUUUCCAGAAUGUAGACAUGCUUGAAUGAAUUGGUGAUGCAUAUAUCAAAAAUAUUAUAUACUAUAAGGUUAGGCAUUUUAUAAAAAAAAUAUGUGAUUGUAAGCUGAACAGUGAGUGUUGUAAUGGUAUCAUUCAUAUAUGUGCUGAAAUGAUACAAAUUUAAGAUUGGAAUGGCACUGACAACUAGUAGAGACAAGAGAACUGCACAUGUGAAGAAUAAGACAAGUUAACUAAAAUUAUAAGAUUAUAGAAAUGGUAUAAACUAGAUACAAGCCUGGGUAAAUUGGCUCAUGGGAGGGAGGAAUGAGUUGUGUGGUGGGUGUUUGUGUGUACAGGAAUAUGGUGUUGUGUGGUGGGUGUUUGUGUGUACAGGAAUAUAGUGUAUGCAUGGUGUUGUGUGGUGGGUGUUUGUGUGUACAGGAAUAUAGUGUACGCAUGGUGUUGUGCGGUGGGUGUUUGUGUGUACAGGAAUAUAGUGUACUCAUGGUGUUGUGUGGUGGGUGUUUGUGUGUACAGGAAUAUAGUGUACGCAUGGUGUUGUGCGGUGGGUGUUUGUGUGUACAGGAAUAUAGUGUACUCAUGGUGUUGUGUGGUGGGUGUUUGUGUGUACAGGAAUAUAGUGUACGCAUGGUGUUGUGCGGUGGGUGUUUGUGUGUACAGGAAUAUAGUGUACUCAUGGUGUUGUGUGGUGGGUGUUUGUGUGUACAGGAAUAUAGUGUACGCAUGGUGUUGUGCGGUGGGUGUUUGUGUGUACAGGAAUAUGGUGUACGCAUGGUGUUGUGUGGUGGGUGUUUGUGUGUACAGGAAUAUAGUGUAUGCAUGGUGUUGUGCGGUGAUAAUACUUGUGUUGAACAUAUGAACAGUGUGUUCUGUGUUACUUGAUGAUUGUGCUUGUUAAUGAACAAUGUGUACUCAAAACAACUUUUAAUAGAUUAUUCCAUAUCUUGUCUUUGUACAUACAAAUGUUUGUGAUUGAGUCAGAAUACUUAUUGACUAUGGUGGUGAAAGUAAUAUGGGUUAAUCUUGAACAUUUCCUCUUGUUAUACCCUAAAUGCACAAAUAAAAGUUUAUUUCCUCAA